AUGGCAUCCAACAGCCAUGAACAUGAUCGCCGGAUACUCGGGCGGGCACUGGCUUCCGAAUUGACUGCCGAGUCUCACAAGGAAUACGCGCUUGAGCUGAAGAUUGCUGGAGGCGCCAUUGGAGGUUUGCCGACUAAUAUCACGAAGCUGUUCUUGGCCGUCAACGGGAACGUCUUUGCAGAACUCAUGUCUGCGAGUAUGCUUGCGGUCGCGGCCAAGUUCCCCGAGCUUGCGGCGUACAUUGAAACGCAGCUGAUCAAGGACUAUAUCGCUCAGUUCAGCAUCCUGAUUUCUCAGUGCUAG